AUAAUUUACCAGCUGCGGGGGAGGACUGUUCACGCGCGGCCAAGUUCGCGUCUGUUUUUUAUCUCGUUUUAAGUAGCUUUUUCGCCCACGCACUUGCUAAAUUUGUCGGUGCCAUUAUGCAUUGUGUUCAAUCAGCUAAUAAAAUCCGUCUGAAUUGUCAACGAGAUGAUUCGGGGGAGCUCAAAGUUGCUUCAACAGUGGCCCAUCGGUGCAAAAGCUUCGUCUGAGAGACUGCAGCAGUGGCGGUCGCGAAAAUGAAGAUGAUCAUAGCAGAUGAAAAUUAGAAUAAUAAACCAUGGAUGCAGGCUCAGAUUCCUCAAGAUGCGAACUGGAUUCCAUCGCAUCCGCGGACUCUCUGCAGAUGAUAACGGAUGAAUUUCGACUGCAUCACCUCUCAACUCCAGAUGUGUUAAAUGUAGAGCUGUCGAAGCGAGUUGCUUCAUUAGAAUUAGAUAACGAACGAUUGCGAAUUGAUUUAGAAAAUGCUAGAAUAGAAAUAAAUGCCAAAAACGCUGCCAAUCAAGGAUUAAAAAAUAAGAUAGCAGAGCUCUACAUGGAGGCUCAAAGCUCACUGCAGGAAAAGCAAAAACUGCAUAACUCUGUAAAGGAUGCUCAGUGUCGCCUUGUCGCUGCUGAAAAUUCUACAAAAUGGUAUCAAGGACAAAUGCACAAAGUGCAGGCUAACAAAAAGUCCUUACAAGUAGAAAUAGAUACGUAUCAAAGUAUGUUAAGGCAAAAGCAUCAAACUCUUGUGAAUAUUACUGCUAAGUGGAAACAAUUAAAUGAAGAUUAUCUGCUUGUUGUACAAAAGCAUAAGAAAGAAAAGGAUAUUUUGCAAGCAGAAAUCGAAUUGUUAAAAAUGAAGGAUCAUAGUCUUAAGAGCUGCAAUCUGCAACAACAGCCACAGCAGCAAUCAUCAGUGCCAAUGUCAACCUACCAAGAGUUGGAGUGCAAAUUAGAGACAGCAGACGAGGAGCUACAGGAUGCGAGAGCUGAGCUUCGAGCUCUGGAACAGCGUUUGAUGAGCGCAGAGGUGGAGAAGGUGUCACUCGAGAGUGGGAUGGUCAAGCUACGUACCCUCCUGUCUUCUGAGGAAGACAGUUUGCAGAGGUGCCAAAGCGAGCGAGCCGAGCUUGCGGAAAUCGGAGGAGAAUUAAGGAUCGAACUGCAAAAACUCAGAUCAGAGAACGAGACUCUGCAGAUGAGUCUGCUGUCCAGUAGACAAGAACAUGAACAGGUUGAAGAUGCCAUAGAGCAGUUGCGCUCGCAGCUGUCCAAAAUGAUAGCCCAACACAGACUGCUAAAAAGUAGAAACGCGGAGUUGGAAGAGAAAUUAAAUGCCAUGCAGGACAUAUACAAUGAAAACAAACGUUUAAAAUCUUUGUCGUAUUCGGCGAAUGCGUCGCUCUUCAGAAGAUUAAGGCAGGAGAGGAGGAAAGCCAACCACUUGCAAAAGCAGCUUUGCCAAGAACAAAGUAGACAACGCGCUCUUUCCGAGAAGACAAAAGUGGAUUCUUCAAUCAAAGACUGUUUAAAACAAGCUCUUGAAAGAAAUAAAGAACUCAAGGAUCAAUUAUUAAAAUCCACAAAAGUAUCCGAGGAGAGUCUUGACGAGGGCUAUGCUGACAGUGCCAGCAGCGUGAUCAGUGUUUCACUGACAAAUCUGCCAUCCCCUCGACCCCUUAGUCCAGUAUUACUCAAUACUAUAACUGACAUAUUAUCCAAAAGUAAGAACUUUUGGGAUCCGUUGCAUCUUGGACUUAAUGAACUGCACGCGAAACUCGAAAAUUACAAGGGUGAAAAGAUCCCAUCGCCGAGUAUUGUUUUUUACGACUCACUGCAGUUGUCCACGCCACCGCCAUCGCCACCGAGCACUAUACGAUCGGUGAUCUAAAUUAUUGUAAAUAAAUUCGAGAAAGGGAUUAAAGAGUUAGUGAUUCAUUUAUCAUGCGAGAUGUUUGAAUGAUAAAGAGAUAUAUCAAAUAAAUUUUUCAUGGUGACUAUAUGGUGACUAACUCUUGCUUCGUUUAAUUUUGACUUAUCAAAAAUGUGAUAUAGACAAUACAUAUGCUACGGAUGCUAUGUAGACGAAUAAUCUGCACUCAAACAUCUCAUAUGAUUGAAUUAUGAUAAGGAGUAGUUAGAGGUGUUAGAUUAUUACAGUUAUAUAUAUAUAUAUAUAUAUAU